UGAUGCAUUCCCAGCAGAACACAUGAACAAGAUCCAAUUGGUUCUCUUUGCUGCAGUAAUGUUCCUGAUGAUGCCCCCGCUUACCUUGCAGAUCUUGGUGAAGAAUUCUUCAGAUGAAACCAGAUGGCAACAGUAUCGGUCUCAGAGUGUUAUAUCAAACUUUAAGCGACACUCAGAAGGAACCUUCUCAAGCGAUUUAACAAGAUACCUGGACAAAAUGAAGGCGAAGGACUUUGUGCGAUGGCUGAUGAGCAAAAAAAGUUUCAGGUACAAUUAGCUGCACUCCAGUGUCGGAGACCAUUUG